AAACAGAAUCGUUCACGUGCCGUUCUGUAUAUAUCGAUCUAUCUGUAUAUCGAUCACUUACGCUGAUCCGGAACGAGGACUGAUUUUGCACGGAGAGAUAGAGAGACAAAGAGAAAUCGAGAGACAGAAAAAGAGAGAAAGAGACGCAUAUACGCACACGCGUAGUCAGAUUUCCCCCACUUAUAUACAUGCUGUUCAUAGAUCACCGGAAAUUCUUCGACUUCGUUAAAAGCACCAAUAGCAAGGCGCUUUUUUUUCAUAACAACAAUUUCAAUUUCCACUUCUUCUUCACUUUUAUUCUACCGAUAUAUAAAAGCCGCGAUUUUUCGACAAACCAACAUGCUCGUCGUACUCGAACAAGUAUCUUUCAACUACGGCUUCUCAAGGAUCGCAAGAAGACAGACAAAUAAUAUAAGAAAUUUUGCAAUCGUUUCUUGUAACAGUGUUUCACGUGAAUCAAUUGGAAAUCGUUUACGAUAUAUCCUACAAUUUCGUCGAUCUAAAUUUCACGAAUUGAUCACUAAUUACUCAGGAUCUAUAAAACGUACACACUUAUCGAUCUUGUCGCAAUCUAUUCCCGCCAACUAUAAACGUACCAUACUCAAACGAAACAUGCCGUACGCAACUGACAUUUACUAUCCGCAAGUUUCGAACUUGGUUACACGUGCCGCAGAAGCAUUGAAUAAUGGAUACAAUUGCAUUGGUAAAAUCCCGUUAUUGAAUGUACCGAGCAUACCACUUUCGUCAAAAAUUCGUGCUUAUAUAGAAGAGUGUGCUACUCUGUGCUUGCCCAAGGACAUAUACAUAUGUAAUGGGAGUGACACUGAACAUGUAGAAUUGUUGAAACUUCUCGAAAGAAAUAAGACGAUCGAACCUUUACCAAAAUAUGAAAACUGUUGGUUGGCCAGAACGAAUCCAGCAGACGUUGCACGCGUUGAAAGUCGUACGUUCAUUAGCACGGAUAAAAAGAAUGAUACGAUUCCAACGCCUAGAAAAGGUAUCGUUGGUGAACUUGGUAACUGGAUUUCGCCUGAUGACAUGGACAAAGCUAUUCUCGAACGAUUCCCGGGUUGCAUGAAAAAUCGUACGAUGUACGUGAUACCUUUUAACAUGGGACCAAUUGGAUCUCCGCUUGCUAAGAUAGGUAUAGAGAUAACGGAUUCACCUUACGUUGUUUGUUCGAUGAAGAUCAUGACGAGAAUGGGUACAAAGAUCUUGGAAAUACUCGGCAACGAUGACUUUGUCAAAUGUUUACAUUCGGUUGGUACACCCAAAGUGGAUUCGAAUAUCAUCGUUUAUCCAUCCUGGCCAUGUGAUCCAGAGAGAACAAUUAUCCUUCACAAGCCCGCGAAAAACGAGAUCGUUUCGUACGGUAGUGGUUACGGAGGUAACUCUCUGCUUGGUAAAAAGUGUCUCGCUUUAAGAAUUGGAUCAACGAUCGCUAGAGACGAGGGAUGGUUAGCCGAGCACAUGUUGAUAUUAGGAAUCACCAAUCCAAGUGGUAAAAAACGUUACAUAGCCGCCGCGUUUCCAAGUGCCUGUGGUAAAACAAACUUGGCAAUGAUGAGGCCAACCCUUCCGGGUUAUAAAAUUGAAUGUGUGGGAGACGAUAUCGCUUGGAUGAAAUUUGAUGACGAAGGUAGACUUCGCGCGAUCAAUCCGGAAUAUGGAUUUUUUGGUGUAGCUCCAGGAACAAGCACAGCGACCAAUCCCAAUGCUAUGUUGACGAUCUUUAAAAAUACUCUCUUUACAAACGUUGCUUCUACAAAAGACGGUGGUGCCUUUUGGGAAGGACUGGAGAAAGAAAUGAAUGAUUACAUUGAGAUUACCGAUUGGAAAGGUAAUAACAAAUGGAAAAGGUCUUCAAAAACUCCGGCUGCUCAUCCUAAUUCAAGAUUUUGUACACCUGCAAAACAAUGUCCGAUAAUUGAUCCAGCUUGGGAAGACCCAAAUGGUGUCCCGAUCGAUGCGAUACUCUUUGGUGGUCGUAGACCAGAGGGUGUUCCAUUGAUAUACCAAGCACGUAACUGGCAACACGGUGUUUUCAUUGGAGCAUCGAUGAGAUCCGAAGCAACUGCUGCUGCGGAAUACAAGGGAAAAAUAAUUAUGCACGAUCCGUUCGCAAUGAGACCCUUCUUCGGAUACAAUUUCGGGCAUUAUGUCAAUCAUUGGUUGAACAUGGCUAAUAUAAAAAACGCUAAGUUACCUGCUAUAUUUCACGUUAAUUGGUUUAGAAAGGAUGCCAAUGGUAAAUUUCUCUGGCCAGGAUUCGGGGAAAAUUCACGUGUUUUGGAUUGGAUCCUUCGUAGGAUCGACAACGAGAACAUAGCGAGAAAUUCUCCGAUUGGUCUUAUACCGAAGAUCGACUCGCUUAAUCUGAAAAAUUUGAAAGAGGAUAUCGAUCUAGAUGAAUUGUUCAGGAUACCAAAAUCUUUCUGGCAAAAAGAGGUGAAAGAUUUAAGAGAAUACUUCGAUGCACAAGUUGGUAACGAUCUUCCUAAAGCUAUCCUAUCUGAACUCAAUCAUCUUGAAAAAAAUAUUAAUAAGAUUUAGAAUCCUUUCUAUAAAUUCUCGACUCGACUGAAACAUUGGAAAAUUUAAUAAUAAAAUAUUUGUUCUUCCUGACAUAAAAAAUAUCUAUGAUAUAUAAAUUUUCCUGAUUAAUUAACGGAAGAAUGAAUUUUUCCAUUUGAAAUAGUAUUAAACUAACAUAUAAUUAUGAGGAAUAUAUCUUUUUGAAACAGAUCAAUCGAUAUAUUCAUUGUUUAUUCUAAUAUAUAAAUGCAUGUGUUAUUUGCUAUUUAAAUCACGAAUUUAUAAAAGAUAUUUCUAUCUUCAUAAAUAUUUUUAUAACUUUUAUAUUUCAAAUUAUUCAAAUUAAACACUCAAUAUCAUACUAUCACAGAUGAUUUAAUUAAAUAGUUCUCUUUAUUUUUAUUUAUAUGAUAGACACGAUGUUUUCUUUGAGAACAUUUUAUACAUCAUAUUUAUUUAUUCGAAAUUUAUUCGAAGCUUUUUCCUUUUUUUUUUUUUUUUUCUUUUUUGUUACAUUUUUACAAGUAUCGAGCGAAGUCAGAUUAAUUUUUACAAUUAAGUUAAUUAAAAUAAUGGACAUUGCGUGUAGGGUUACAUGUAAAUGUGAAUAAAUAAUAAAUGCAUAUUUUUAUCGACGUACGCAAAAUAUCUUGUGUAUAUGUAAUCCGCUAAUAUGAUUUUUUAUUUUAUGGUGUAUAUAAGGAACAUAUUAAAUAAUAACGAAAAAAAAAAUA